AUGCUGUGGCGAUUCGUUUCUUCACUGGCUCCAACUCUAUUUUUAAUGGUUCCAGGUAUCGCUUCUCUCGAACAUCGUACUAGCCUUCUCGAUACCGAGACAUGGCGACUAAACGCUGUGACUGGUUUGCACCGUUCUGUUUGGGGUGAACUCAUUGAUCUAUUAAAACUUGAUCACAGCGAAACUACACGUCACUCGUUGUACAAGCUUUGGCAUUUAAAUCGUCACAAUAUCCAUCAGCUUGUUGAAGAAAAGAAAGGAGGAAUAACUGGUAGUGAGCGCGAUGGAAAUGACGUUGAUAUUGAUCGAACAGAAGGGUUUUGUGUUCUAGCGAGGAAUAACUCAUCUCUACAUUCCAAUCCAUCGCUACCAGUGCCGCAGGGGCCAAAUACCCGUGCUAGAAAACAAGAAACUGCUGAUGACGUCAAAACUUUUAGUGCUGACGUUAGUGAAACCUCGUUUGUCCUCACUCCCAUCGAGUGGAAGAAUGCUUUCAGUCGAUUUCAGCCCGAGUUAAAAAGGAUAACACCACCUAUAGUUGGUUCAAGCAAGUUCUAUAAGAAGGAACAAUUAAAACCGUGUAGAAUGAAUAAUAAAUGGCAUCCUCGUGACAAUGCAGGUGACAAAUUAAAUCAAUAUUUUUUAUCCUCGAUAGUCCAGUGUACAUCAGGUACAAUGUUCUCAAUCCUCCGGUUUCCGUCUUCGAAUCAAGUGACACUCUCGAUUUCAUCCCGUUCUGCGAUCACCACCACGUCUAGUAUUUUUCCUGAACUUGAUUCAUUCAUUCGAAAAUUAAUACUCGAUUCAAAUCCACCCGGUAAGAUACGGCGAUGUUCCUUCAACGAAGAAAAGAACGAAAUGUUAUAUUUUGUUAGUUAGAAGGGUAAGAAUUCGAGAAUAAUUGCGGCUAUCAUGUUAAGAAUUUUAAUAAAAGUUCUAAUAAUAUAACUUUUAAUUAAUAAUAAUAAACAUAAUAAUACAAAUUUUAUUAUAAUUCUUAACAUGAUAGCCGCAAUUAUUCUCAAAUUCUUAUUCUUAACCUUGCCCAUAAAACUCCCAAAAUGUUAUAGAUUAGUUAGGAGGGAUUUGUAUAGAUACGUACAAUCUGACAAUAGAUCAUCAUUGUAUUUGAAAUAUCCGCCUACACCAUACCGUUUUAAUAACUUAUACUUAGCUGCUGUACACAAAUCAAUUCGAAAUUUUUGAAUACCCGUUCUCUGUUUGUCUGGCUGCAACCCUUUACAGAGAGAGAGUUAUGCGUUGUAGUUGUGCAGGACAUAUGAGAUAUGUAUACCCCUCCUCACCUUUGAUGAUACAAUACUGGACCAUUCCAGGGAUGCGUUUCAUAUCUGCCAAGCCAUACAUCUGAACCUAUCGUAAAAUGUGUUUUGGAAAUGUUAACAAACUAGUGUUCGGAUUGAGCAUGGACUAAUCACCUUUUUUGAGACGGUUUUCCUUAGUUUCGAGUUUAUGAAGGGUGGUUGUUUUAUUGAGGAUAAUCUAAUACAAAAAAAUGUAAACACUCGGUGCAAAAUACUGAUUAGUCAACAUACCUUGUAACUCGUUUGUUUCUUGGAUUAUGUUGCUGAUUAAAUUUUCAAGAGCAGUUAUUGACUGUUCGAGAAAACAGCGGUCGCAGAUUAUAUUUUUGUAGUGCCGAAGGUGCCAUUUGUACUUAAUGUUGAGAAGCGAAUAAUAUACGCGUCUGAGUAAGGUAAAGUCGCGUUUCGCCAAUUCAACUUUCGCCAAUAGACAUUCGCCAUACUGGCC